UCUGGGACCAAGUCAAGCCCAUUCUACCCUCGAAUGUGAUUGCAGCCAACCUGCGAGUCUACGCCAACAGAGCAGUGUACAACGACGAGAACGACCAGUCUUUGGAAGAAGACGGGUCGAUUCGCGCGCACGGUGGAUCAAAGAAGGAUGCACUUAUCGUGGAAGUGCAGCUGCCACAGCGAAGCGGCGUCGCUAUUGAAUCAGAAGCGGUGCAAUUGGAGAAAUUAUUGGAUACGCUAGAGUGGAAGGAGCCAAAGCGACUUUGCGCAAACUCUGGACAAGAUUGGCCAUAUCAAGGAGCACCAGAGCUUGUGGAUCUUCUUGUGAAGCCACUUAUUAAGCAUUACAACGCCUGGCAUCGUUAUAACGAGGACAAGCAGAAUCACGCAAUUAAUCUAGUUUUGGGUGGGCCAGGAACGGGAAAGUCGCGCACAUUGGACGAAAUGAAGGGUUUGCUGAGUGCAGCUGCUGCCCGGUCGAAGAAUCAAGCGCUUCUCGACAGAAUGAACAGCGCAUAUGUAUUUCACGUGACGUUUGGGAAUGGCACUUCGACUACCGGAUCAUUACUUGAUCGUGACAAUCCUGAUUAUGACGUCAGCUACCGAAUGCUCUACCAACUCGCGAAAGAUCGAAGGAAUUGGAAGAAGUUUGCCAAGACAUUGAAGACGUCAUACCAAUCCCUUGCGCUAACUAUUGAAGCGUCGAUUGACGUCUUGGCCAAACUGGAGGAGAUUGACAGUGUGAGAGAUAUGACGGUGAUCCUGUGCGUGGAUGGCCUUCAGAAGCUUGUGAACAAUGGCACCAGGGAGUGCGAUUUUUAUCGCGUGUUGUCCUCAAUUUGCCGAUUCUUGAAUUCGUCCACUGCAUUCGCUGUUUGUGUUUGUUCGGCAACAGUUCAAAGUCCUGUCGAUUUGGCACUUUCGGAUUCUCCUCAGAAGCGCGUGUUUCUAGUCCCACGAGCACUGCGUGGUGAUGAAGUCUUGAAACCAAGAACGAGGUUGGAGAAGCAGUUGGUAGAUGACAUGGGCGGGCAUGGACGAGCACUGGAAACACUACAAGAAACUCUGAGCGAAUACACAAAAGAACAAUUGGAGGAAAUCGACCCAGCCUGCGUUGUUGACCAAGUGUGGGAUGCGUUGCGACUCCAGUGUGGUGAUAUCUUUGCGUCUGCGUUUUUUCAAGUCCCGUGCAACUGCCGAGAAGUGCUCGCCGCGGUCCUCUCUCGCCGUCGUUAUGGAUUAUUUGAUCGUAUCGGUCGUACAGAUUUGACAGUAGAUAGUCUUCGAAGCUUCGGAUGGUUCCGAUGGGGCGAAGAAGGCCAUCUCGAAUGCGCUUUCAUUCUUCUUAUGAUGUUGAUGCGGAAACUUCCAAAGAAGCUGGGUGAAGUAGACAAUUUCGACGAGCAUCUGACGCGUUCUGUGUUGGUAUGGCAGCUAUUUGAACAAUUCGUGGCGUUCUACCGUCGAGUGAAAUCGAUUGCUUACUCUGAGACCCCGGUACCACUAUCCACAUUUCACGCUGGCGCUCGUUUUGGUGCAAUCCAUAACAUUCUGAUUACAGAGCCGAGUUCACGCACUGUGGUGGAAGCGAUACACCAACAAGAUACAAAAUCCGGUCCAGAUAAUUCAACGUGUUUCACAAAUCGUGACGGCGGCGUGAAGGUUUCAGCUAUGAAUACAAUCGUCAUCAACGGCGCUAGUGCUUCAGCCGGCGAUUUAUAUAUGCGAGUGCAAUUGACGGUUGGCGACCAACAAGUAAAAUGCAACGAG